AUGCUUCGAAUAGGCCCUAUUUGUCGAUUCGCCGAGGAUAUUCCAUUGUUGGUCAAGAUAAUGGGUGGUGAUCGUGUCCCGUCACUGAAUCUCGAUGAGCCUGUUUCAAUGCGAAAAUUGCGUAUAUUUUAUAUGGAAGGUAUCAAUGAUGUACCGUUGAUACAACCACUGAGCAGGGACAUGAGGACAACUCUGCGGAAAGCUGUCGGCUAUUUUGAGCGCAAAUAUGAUCUUGUUGCCCAUCGGAUGGAUCUGCCAUUAGCUCGUUACGCCAUCGAAAUGUUUAUGGUCAGCAUGUACAUCAAGGGUGGUCCCAAGUUAUCUGAAUAUAUGUUGUGCUCUAAGGCUUCCAAAGGUCGAGUUAACCCCUUUGUGGAGUUGGUGAAAUUUGUCCUGGGUAAAUCCAAUCACACAUUACCGGGAAUCAUCGGAGCUAUAAUCGACAACAGCUGA